CAUUCAACAGAAACGUAUCGUCAGAGUAACAUAAAUCAUAAUAAAUAUAGUUUUUUAAUCCGAAAAAAUAUCAUAUACAUAUAGAUGAAAAAAAAUUGUUCAUAAACUCACCAAAUAUCACACACACACUCACACUCACACACACACUCACACUCACACACAACACACACACACACACACGUUCAAACUAUAAUCAUAUAAACAGCAAUAAUAUUACUGUGAUGCAGUCUGACGGCGGCAGAAGCGGGUUCAAAACCAAGAGCAGCGCCUUGAGGUGGGCCAAAAGAACCGUGUCCGCUUCAGGGUUCACCGGCAAAAUGGUGGAAAAGAGGACGAGAGAUGCGACCUUUAAGCGUGUGGAGAAAUCACCGCUAUUAAAGACCAUCGAAAAAAAUGCUCGUAGGCCUCCGGGGGUUGCAAUCGUCGCCGCUGCCCCCGCGGAUAAGUCGUCAACCAUCGACGACGAGUUGGUAGGCGGGAACGACGAGCCACUAGAGACCUACGAACCUACGUGGACCGUUGAAAAUUACAUGAGGUUGUUGCGUGAAAGUCUGAUGAAAGAAUGCAAAUCCCAUUUGAACGACAGUUGCCGCGAUGCCAUGGCGCAGUCUAUGACUUCUACUUCAGCGCUUGAAAAGGACGCGGUCGCGGAGUUGGUAAAACGGGCGACGAACGCGAUACAGGCGAAAAAAAUAUUUUCAAUACACGGAUAUUAUCCAAUAAUAGCAGAAGAGCUCAAAAAAAGAGGAUGGGUGGAAAAAAGAAAUCCAAAUUUCAAACCAUUAAAUUAUGAGUAUUUAUUUACUACAUUGACUUUAACAAACAGCCGUUCAACGUGUAACGUCAAGUCACCGCCUUCAUUAACUUCAACAACAGUGGAAUCCUUAAUUAUUGAAAAUAUAGAAAAUUCAUAUUUGUGGUUGAUAAUCAAAGAUAUUAGCCCUAAUUUCAUAUUUACCACAAACCGAUAUGAUAUUAAUUGUAAUAAAAUUAACGACGUAACAAUAUUUAGUCAAUUGAAUAAUUUGAGUUUUUGCUCUAAAGUUGAGUUGGCUGGAACAGUGAAAGCGAUAUCAAAAAAUGUUAGUAUAAAAUUUCCAAGGACCUACAACAUUUCAGACACAAGGACAAUGGAUUUUUUUAUAAAAGAUUAUAGAUUUACUGCUUUAUUGGGUUCCUUGAAAAAUAUUCUUAUGUCAAAAAAUUCACAAAAAACAAUGUUUAGUGAAAACGGAACUAUUCCAUACGAAAUGAUCGACUUCAUUGAACAGCGUUGUUGGGAAUUCGUGCACGCUUAUCAAACCGAAGAAGAAAGCGAUAUGCUAUGGUUUACAACAAUAUUAGAAGAUUGCUGGAACAAAUUUAUGGUUUGGUAUUAUGAAAUUAUAGAAGAACUUUCUACUAUUCGUGUUUGUAACACGUUUCAAAUUAAUGAUAUUUAUGAGCGAUUUGACGGUUUGGAGCGUAAAAUUAAAACAUUUUGUCCACAAUUUUUCAUCGACGGCGAUACAAAUUUGUGGAUUGUAAAACCGUCUAAUCGUUGUUCUGGUAUCGGAAUAACAUUGGAGAGACGUUUAAAUAAUAUUUUGAAAACUAUUAAAGAACCCAACAAAUUGAAUAAAACGUACAUUAUACAAAAAUAUAUAGAAAAACCAUUGCUAAUAUUUAAUGUCAAAGUGGAUUUGAGACAAUACGUUUUAGUUACAAACACGUAUCCUAUGCAAAUAUGGAUGUACAAGGAAGGAUAUGUUCGAUUUUGUUCCAAGAAGUUUACAGUUCAAGAUUUAUGCGAAGAAGUUCAUCUUAGCAAUGUUAGAGUUCAAUCAAUCAAUAGAAAAUAUAGAGUACACGGUGUACCGGAGGAAUGUAUGUGGGACUUUGCACAGUUUAAAGAAUAUCUGAAAUCGAUUGAGAAAGGCGAUAAGUGGCAUACAUCAAUAUAUCCUACAAUCUGUGAAACAAUAUCGACAAUCCUCAUAAAGUCUUUUAAGCAGAACAUCGGGAAAACGUUUGCUUUUCAAUUGUUCGGAGCAGAUUUCAUAUUAACAGAGCAUUUUGAACCAUGGUUAAUAGAAAUUAAUAGUAAUCCUGGCUUGAAUCCAACUACGAGCAUCAUUGCAAGAAUUGCUACGAUGCUGUUAAAAGAUAUUAUCAAAGUUACGGUGGAUUUCCCACUUAAUUCAAAUGCAGAAACUGGACUUUUCGAGAACAUUUACUCUGACACACUUGUAAAACAUUGUAACGCGGAGAAAAAUAUUACAAAAGAAUAUUAUUACUACCAGUCGCCCAAAAAAACAAAACAAUUAAAUAAACAAAGCCACAAAGGUAUUGAACAGAAUAAAAAGAAAAUUGCGAGAUGAAUACUAUAAUAUUCAGCAUGCAAUCAUUUAUGCACAGUACUUGAAAACGAAUUACAAGUUGAAACUUAAUCAAAACGAAUCGCAACAUAUAUUUUAAACUAUACGUAUAAUCAGUCAUGCGUGUACAACAAUUUGAAAAGACACUGUCCAUUUUGUACAACACACUUUUGAACAGGACGUCAACCAAAUAGUAAGUCCGCAGACAACGUGUGUUAUACGCGUACUUACACGUUCGGAACUAGGAGGAAAUAUAAUUUGAUUAUCACCUAAAAACCAUUGAUGGAGCGAGCGCGUUCACAGCCGUUUCAAAACACACGCAUUGAAUAUUCGUAACACACACAUAUGCAUUUAUUGUUUUGAGUUUGGAAGCUCCAACACUGUGAAUCUAGAAAACCUACUCGUAUAUGUAUUGUAUUAUCAUAGGUAUAUGAUAUGCACUUUAAUCGGGACUGUUUUAUUGUGUAAUAUUUAAUUUCAAUCACAA